AUGAUUCGAGGAGAUGUCGCGCUUGCAGCUGAGAGCGGAGAGGUCGUUGCAGUGUGCACGGGGCUUCUUGCCCGCAGCGUGGCUCAUGUCAGUGCGGCUCCUGUCGAUGCGGAGAUGUUCGGGGACUUGUACAAGAUAUCUUGGCUGAAACAAGGGCUCGCUUCGACCACCGCAGGCAGAUUUCAGGGUUUGGAGACGCAGGCUUCUGACGAGGACACGCUGAGGACGGAGGAGGGCGGGAUGAACUUUCUUGCCUUCCGAUGUUGGCGAGAGCUGCCUGCCGCGCCGCAAAUCCAACGCCUGGAGCUUUGCUGCGCAGAAGUGUUGGGCACAUUGCAGCAGGCAGCCCGCGAAGGUGUGCCGUGGCAGGUGAUUGUUGCUGGCAGCGGCCGGUUUGCCGAGGCUUGCUUCAGCGCUGCAGCCAGCAUGCUGCGCAGUGCCCAGUGUGAGCAGGAGCUUCAUGUGCAGGUCGUGCUGGUGGAGGCCAGUGGCUGGCGGGAGGUGGAGACUGCCCUCUCCGUGGUGAGCUUGCCGCCAGCUUCUGAAGAGCCCAUCUGCCGCGUGGUGGCAGGGGCAGUGGAAGUACCUCGGCUGGAAAGGUGGCGGGCCGAGUUGGUGCAGGACGCCGCGAUCGGCGUUCGCAUCGGCGGCCGCUACGUGAUCACUGGUGGCAAUGGUGGACUGGGAACGGCCUGUGCACAGUGGCUCCUGAACCAAGGUGCCGGCUCCUUGAUACUUCUUUCCCGCAGGCGCCCGGCCAUAUGUGAUGGAGCUUGCCCGGCCGAGUGGCUGGAAUGCGACGUCUCCUUGCCCUCGGCUUUGCAAGAGGCCAUAGACCAGAUACGGACAGGGGGCCCCGUACAUGGCAUCAUCCACGCCGCGGGAGUGCUCGCCGACAAGCUGCUGGCAGAACAGACACCAGAAGAUCUCCAUUCCUGCAUGGCCUGCAAGAUCGUCCCCGCUUUGCUCCUGCCGCAGCUCGAGUGCGAGGAUUGGAUUGUGAAUUUUAGCUCCAUGAGCUCUGUCUUGGGGAGUGCCGGGCAAGUUGCCUACAGUGCCGCCAACGGCUGCCUCGAUGGGUUGGGCCAGGCAGCUCCCGAUCGUGCUCCACGUGUGCUCACGAUCCAGUGGGGCCCAUGGGCGGAGGCAGGCAUGGCUGCUAGGCCGCAGGCCCUGCGCCGGGCGCAGCAGCACGGCUUCGGUGCUUUCAAGACCUACCAGGGCAUCGCGAUCUUGGAGCAACUUUUGACUCGUAAUGUGCAGGGCCAGCUGUGUGCAGUCCAAGUCAGCUGGGAUCAGUUCCAGUGGCCGGGCCACGCUGCUCUCACAUCCCGCUUGCGUGUCCAGUCACGACGAAUCGUGGCGACAACGGAACCCCAGCAGCCAGAAGUCAGGCCCUCGGCGAGUGAGCUUUGA